AUGACCUCAGAAGCUUCAUUGAAUGCACUGGCACCUCCAGUGUUUGAUGGAAUAAAUUAUCAAGUGUGGGUUGUCCGUAUGGAAGCUUACCUUGAUGCUAGUGAUCUGUGGGAAGCUGUUAGUGAGGAAUAUGAAGUUCCUCCCCUGUCCGACAAUCCAAUUAUGGCUCAGAUAAAACUAUACAAUGAGGUGAGGCAAAGGAAAUCAAAGGCAAAAGCUAGUCUAUUUGCAGCUGUCUCAUCUACAAUUUUCACCAGAAUCAUGACACUGAAGACAACAAAUGAAAUAUGGAACUUUCUGAAGAAGGAAUAUGAAGGAAAUGAACGAGUCAAAGGUAUGCAAGUGCUGAACCUGAUUAGAGAAUUUGAGAUGCAAAGGAUGAAAGAAUCAGAAACAAUCAAGGAUUACUUAGACAUACUUCUUAGUAUUGUUAACAAAGUAAGACUUCUUGGUACUGACUUUUCUGAUUUUAGAAUAGUUCAGAAAAUUUUUAUAACAAUUCCUGAAAAGUUUGAGACUACAAUAUCAUCUCUAGAAAACUCAAAAGAUGUGUCAAGUAUCACAUUGGCAGAACUGUUGAAUGCAUUAUAG